AUGGGCGUUUUCACCCUCGGCCACGGGGGCGCUUGGCUCCUCGUGCUGUGUAUCAUUCUGAUUGUGUUACCUUCGCCCGCGGCCGCCUUCGGUGCUGGGAAUAUUCCAUCGAUUGCUCAGGUUGAGGGACACAAUUGGCGCCAUGGAGACAUCGAGGAUAUGCUUGCGACAAUAGCAUUCAUAAAAGGAAAGAAGUGGACUUCAAUGCUGAUCAAGCGAACGUAUUUCGGAAACUGGCUGCGAGACUACUCUCAGGCUAUCGAUGUUGGAAGUUUGAAGGGUCCGGUCAACGCUGAGACCAUUCGCGUCCUCGUCUGGGUGCUGGGGUUCAUGAGUUUUGGAUACGCAACCGAGGAAUUCGAAGUCACGGCCGAUCGACUCGGUGUCUACCGAGCGGAAGAACAUAUCGACAACCCAUUAGGUUACUCCGAAGGCUUCGAUGCGACGAAGUUCGAUAAGCGACUCCGAGGUCCUGUGCGGCCCAUCGAGACUGAGAUAGACAUGCGCACUGGAAUGAAAAACUAUAUCGCCAACGAAGACGGGGAUUGGGCUACAAGCGCCGGGUAUCUUCGCUUCAGCAUUUCGAGAUCCGUCCACUACGGGCGUCUCUAUACCUGCGGGGGCUCUAAGUCUGGUAAGGAGGAGGACCUCUGCGAAGCACUGCGAUGCCUCGGACAGGCCCUCCACUGUCUCGAAGACUGGGGUGCCCACACCAACUAUUCCGAGCUUGUUCUGAUCGAUAUGGGCCACCACGAGGUCUUCCCUCAUUGCGGACGUGAUACUCAAAUCUCAAUCAGAGGAAAGAGAAUGUAUCCUCUCGUUACAGGGACUUUUGGAGGUGUUGACUUCCUCCACUCUGUCAUUGGCGCUGCAUCUGAUUCUUUCACCGAAUCCGAGGUUGACGAAGUGGACAUCGCUUUAAAAAACGCUGAGGCGGGAGGAGGAGUGCCGUCAUCGUCGCGAGCCUUUGGCGGCUCGUCUGGAGGAGAGGACUUUAUCUCGCUCAUCUCAAACCUGCCGAGUGUUGGCGGAGGAUUCGCGGCCCAGGCUAGGGACCUGAAGGCCUCGUCCGAUGCGCAAGAGCGCGAGAACGCCCUUUACGCUUCCUCUCAGCGCAGCCGUGAGAAUGUGAAUAUCGUCCCCGGCCUAAGCCCCAAUAUUGAUCCCGUCAAGAUCUCUCAAAAGAUUUACCCAAUCCUCGAGUUCCGCGACAAGAUUGUCAAGGCAAUUAACACCACAAUCUCCAAGAUCCCUGGUUUGGAGAAGCUCUUGGAUCACAUCUCGGAGACGCUUACAGCAUUUAUCCUGGGUCUCCUGGCCCCCUUCAUUCGCCCCAUCAUCCAGCAAGGGUCCAAGAUCCUCAAGGAGGGUUCCGAGAAUGUCAUCGGCGCCAGCGCCAAAGCCCAGCUGGAGCCAUGGAAUAACCCCCGCUGCAGCGACCCGACCCACUCGAUGCUCUCGAAGGAUCAUUUCACUAACAUCCUAAACUCUUGCGGUGGAAUGGUCGCUGUAACUAUUCUUCAAUACGCUGUACCUCGUAUUCUCUUUGCUUGGGAGAAUCCCAACGUCCCCGUGAAUGAAGUCAUCAAUGACAUCCUCCAAGCCUUCCACCACCCGGCCCUCCGUGACGAGCGCAUCGAGAUCCAACGCAACAUGUACAACACGGUGCGUAAAUGGUACAACGAGCACCCUAAGCGCCACGAGCUUCCCCACCUCCUCAGCUCCGAAUCUGUAAAGAACGGCAAGAACCACGUCCUCCACGGAGACAAAACCAAGUCCCGAAGCCGGGGCGGCGGCGCCCAUUCGUGCUACGGUGACUGCGGCCACGGUAAAGUCGCCGGCGGUUUAUGGGGCCAGGUCCGCACGAGAGAUUUCCGCGAGGAUGCCGAGCCCGAAGGCGGCGCGAUGUUGUCACCGGGCUUCCCUCCUUCGCGGCAGAGUUAUGGGUAUGCCGGCGAAGGCCAUUCGUCGCAGUACGCGGGCCAGAGCCAGAGCCCACGGCCGUCGCCUCGUCCUUCGUCGGGCUCGGGGUACCAGGCGCCUGCUCAGCAGACGUACUGGCAAGGCCGGCCUGGCUCAGGAUAUCAGCAGCAGCAGCAUGACCGGGAUCUGGGUACCAACAACACGACAGGCCCGGAUCCGGAUACCAGCAGCAUGAUCGGCCUGGGUCUGGGUAUGGCAGGCCUGGUUCCGGCUACCAGCAACCUGCUCCUCCCCCCCAACACCAUGGAUACUACCAGGGACAGCCGCCGCAGGGUUACCCGCAGCAGCCGUAUGGAGGAGGGGGAGGGUACCAGCAAGGGCCGCCACCUCCCGGUCCCAGCUACUAUCAGGGUCCUCCACCACCUCAGGGGCAGUAUCCCGGUCACGGACCACCCCCCCCUCACGGAUAUGGAGGUCCCGGAUACGGCCAACAACAGCCGCCUUACCCUCCACAGCCUCAUUACCAGGGAGGAGGUGGAGGGUACCCCGGUGCGGGCUAUCGGUAGAAAAAUCCGCUUUGUCCUUGAGUCUCAAAAUCCGCGACUGAUAUCCGAGAAAUGA